GUAGAUUCAAGAUGGCGGCCUUCAAACCGUGUACCGUUCUUUACAAUGCCUUAGGAUCAAAUUUUCGUUCUCUCCUUUGACGAAGUUUCUCUUUUUCCCAUUACAAAUUAUGGAUGACUAUGGAGAAGAUGUUGGAUGGGACGAAGCAGCUCUGAGUCCGUCCGAUGAAAAAAGGGACAAUGAAGUUGUUAUACAAGAAUGUAUGCAAAACUUUGCCACAAAAGACUUUAUCAUGGAACCGGAAAUUUUCAACAAUAUCAGGAGAUAUUACCAGGCAGGAGGGAUCCAUGAAGAAAUGGCAAAGAUGUUAUCUGAAAAUUAUACUGGAAUUGCUCAGAGUACAAAUCUCAUUGCUAACUGGUUGAUUGUAACAGGAGCUAAAGUGACAGAUGUUGAACAAAUGGUUGAAAAUCAUCUGGAAACCCUAAUUAUCAAACACUUUGAUCCAAAAAAGGCUGACUCAAUUUUUUCUGCAGAGGGAGAGACACCUUCCUGGCUAGAAGACAUGAUUGUUCACCAGACAUGGCGUUCAAUGUUUUAUAAGCUGGCAGAGCACUAUCCUGACUGCCUGAUGCUCAAUUUUACUAUCAAGCUGAUUUCUGAUGCAGGAUAUCAGGGUGAGAUUAGAAGUGUCUCUACAGCCUGCCAUCAAAUUGAGGUGUUUUCCCGAGUGCUCAAGACUUCAGCUUGUUCUUUUCUGGAAGAAGGAGAAAUGACAAUGGAAAGCAACCUUCCAGAAUUUUCUAGGAUGGUAUGUUAUGGACAGCACACCUACCUGUAUGCACAGUGCUUGUUAAAUCACAUUGCACAAAACACAGAAGGAGGAUCAAAACUUCAAAGACUAGGUCAAGAGCUUCAAAAUCGGGCAGUUCAAAGUGGACAUGAAGUCACAGAGAUCACUCUAUCUUUAAAUGGUGCUGCAGCUUUUCCCAGAGCAAAUUCUGCCCUCUCAUCCAUGUUAGGAAAAAAUUCUCUUAAUCCUGGAGAUAUCACUGUGCUAUACAAGUUAUAUAGUAGUUCUCAGGCUCCUCCUUGUGCACUCAUCAGAAUUCCACAGUUUUUAGAACUUCUUUUGGAAGCAUUGUUCAAACCUGGACAGCACUUGAAUCCAGAACACAAGUUUAAAUAUGUUUACCUGUUGGCAUAUGCUGCAUCUGUCCAUGAAACCUGGGUUGAGAGUGAGCGAACAAUGCUUAAUAGAGAUGAGCUCAAAACAACUUCUCAGGCCCUGGAUAAAAUUCACUCUCUGUGUGUACAGGAGACAAAGAAAGGCUCGCAGCUGCUCGCAGAAGUGGGUGUCCUGUUCCAAUGUAUCAGGUUUCCUGUAGUUGCUAUGGGUUUGUUAAAGUGGGUUGACUGCACCGUAUGUGAUCCAUCAUUCUUCAAGUUGCUCACAGACUCAACACCAGUCCACCUGGCUUUAUUAGAUGAGAUCAGCUCCUGUCAUGCUCUUCAACAUCGCUUGGUUCUCAAUGUACUGAUCCGUUUGUUUGAGUCUCCAACGCCACUGGACACUUUAGUAGAGCUUGAGUUCAAGAAAACAGUCCUGGAUCGAAUGAUUCAUCUCUUGAGCCGAGGAUAUGUUAUACCCGUGAUAAGCUACAUUAACAGCUGUUUGGAAAAGCAGAACACGGAUAACUCUCUCAUAAGACAUUUCGUGACUGAGGUUCUAGAAAUGAUUGCUCCUCCAUACUCGACCGAGUUCGUCCAGCUUUUCCUUCCCAUCGUCCGUAAUGAGGAGAUCACAGGGAGGCUGCGCAGUGCUGAUCACUCUGAUGACGUGUCGUUAUUUUUAGGUCACUGUGCUCAGCAGGCUUAAGUCUCCGGUUCAGUGGUGUCGAUAUUGUCGUGCGGAUAAGAGACGUUGAACCAGCUCUGUCCACUUCACCCGGAUUACACUAAAAUGCGCUUAGGUUUACACUUAACUAAGCUGACCAGAGAGAGUUAGAGAAAGCUAUGCUGUCUUUUGUGUAUUUAAAACCAAAUAGAAGACGUUAAAUUUGUAAAUAAUAAUGAUAAAAAACAUCAGUGCAAAACAAAUGGAUGUCUCCCUAUCCUUGAUUAGUGAUUUCGAGAAAAAAUUAUGAAAUAGCAUGUAUAGACAAAAAUAAAACUUUUAUUUA